GGCGCGGCCGAGGCUGGGAGGCAGCGCUCGGAGGAACGCGGCCCGGUGCCCAUGGCGUUCGCGCUGCUGCGCCCCGUCGGCGCGCACGUGCUGUACCCGGACGUGCGGCUGCUGAGCGAGGACGAGGAGAACCGCAGCGAGAGCGACGCCUCCGACCAGUCAUUUGGCUGUUGCGAGGUGGAGGCGGCGCGGCGCGGCCCGGGCCCCGGGGGCGGCCGGCGAGCGGGCGGCGGCGCGGGGCCGGUGGUGGUGGUGCGACAGCGGCAGGCAGCCAACGCGCGGGAGCGGGACCGCACGCAGAGCGUGAACACGGCCUUCACAGCGCUCCGCACGCUCAUCCCCACGGAGCCGGUGGACCGCAAGUUGUCCAAGAUCGAGACCUUGCGCCUGGCGUCCAGCUACAUCGCGCACCUGGCCAACGUGCUGCUGCUGGGCGACGCGGCGGACGACGGGCAGCCCUGCUUCCGAGCGGCCGGCAGUGCCAAGAGCGCGGUCCCCGCCGGCUCCGACGGCGGCCGCCAGCCACGCUCCAUCUGCACCUUCUGCCUCAGCAACCAGCGCAAGGGGAGCGGCCGUCGUGACCUGGGAGGCAGCUGCUUGAAGGUGAGGGGGGUGGCCCCCCUGCGAGUGCCACGGAGAUGAGCCUGGACCCCUGUGGCAUUUGCUCCAAGCAGGACCUGGAGAAGGAAGCCAGAGGCCAGCCACUGGUUGAACAGGGGCGAAGACCCCAGGAGCCGAUCCUACCCCUCGAUUGUAUAGGGACCAGAGGACAAUGGCUUGGGCCCGUGACCCUUUGGACAGGCCCCCUGGGACAUCUCUACCCCACCGUGGAGAGCUGUGAAGACCCAUCCAGCUGGCCCCAGCCCUGGCUGGUCAGAGACAAGGCAGGACUUUUGGAAAAACAAAGACUGUUGGUGACAGAGGGUGUGUGCAUGAGUGAGUGAGUAUGUAAAUGUGUGUGUGUGUGUGAGAGAGAGAGAGAAUUGGUGGGUUUAAAUAAAAGGUAUUUUUAAAUAAAGGAUGUUCCCAACUGAGGAAGGUAAGGGUCUGGGGGACAUCGGCGGUCAGAGGUGACCCUUCUCCUGGACCUUGGCAGAGGCACUGAUGUCACCAGUGCUGCCCUGUGCCCUGGAGGGAUGGGCUGGGAGAAUGCAGGAAGACCCCAGAAGUCGGGAUAACUAAACUUUCCUCAGGGUCUUCUUGAAUACCUGUUGUGGUUGGUAAAGAAACCUUAAUUGUA